AUGAUCGGGGCCCUUUUUAUUUACAAUCACAAAGGAGAGGUCCUAAUUCAACGUAUUUUCCGUGAUGAAAUCCCAAGGACAGCUGUUGAUAUAUUUAGGGUACAUGUUAUACAUUCCAGACAUCAGGUGCGCUCACCCAUAAUAAAUAUCGCGCGAACCAGUUUCUUCCACGUUAAGCGUGGCAACAUCUGGCUUUGCGCUGUAAGCCGGCGAAACCUUAACGCGGCUGCAGUUUUCGAGCUGUUACACGCCAUACUAAACGUUUUCCAACAACACCUUGGCCGAGUAACUGAAGAAAACAUCAAGAAUAAUUUCGUCCUCAUUUACGAACUUUUGGAUGAUUAUGGCUAUGCACAGAACACUGAUACAGGUGUUCUACGCAACCUUAUCACCCAGGCAGCUAUCCGCUCUGCAACGAAGGAAGAGACUACUCAGAUCACUAACCAAGUCACUGGUCAGAUAAGCUGGCGCCGUGAAGGAAUAAAGUAUCGUCGUAAUGAGCUAUUUUUGGAUAUUACAGAGUCCGUAAAUUUGCUCAUGUCACCUCAGGGACAGAUCCUGUCUGCUCACGUUGUUGGAAAGGUGGUAAUGAAGUGCUACCUCAGUGGGAUGCCCGAUUGCAAAUUCGGCUUCAAUGAUAAGAUCAGUUUGGACAACCGACCCAAACCAGUGUCUACUACGGGAGACGACUUAUCACCCGAAACUAACGGUGGCGUGGCGAUUGAUGACUGUCAAUUCCAUCAGUGUGUGAAACUGAACAAGUACAGCACCGAUCAGGCAAUUUCCUUCGUUCCACCCGAUGGAGAGUUUGUCUUGAUGCGUUAUCGCAAAACUCGCGUGAGUCAUUCGUGCCUCUAA